CGGGAGUAUAAAGGGACGGACAUCUUGCAGACGUUACUCUCAUACCAUACACCGAAAUAGUUGUGCCAUAGCACUCAUUUUCCUUAUCCUUCAUACUCUGUUACCUUUCACCAAAGCUCGAGAUGCCGACGUCGCCCAGUGUUAGACCCGCGCAGCCUUCGGUAUCCAAGAAGCACUCUAACCCUCAUGAGAGGACUAGCUCUAUUCCAUUUCCAUCAUCUAGUAAAGAGAAUGCUGUCGCAAUCCCAGAGUCAGAAUCUUCGUCCUCAGAUCAGACCAGUUCAGAUAAAUUGUCUGAGCUGCCUGUACAAUCCUCACCCCCACUCGCGCGACUGAGGUCCCCCAACCGCACUUCACAUCGUAGCCUCGACGCGUCAGGCUCGCUUUCAUCUCUGGAUUCACCAUCGGGAGCUCUGCAUCACUUAUCUGGGGCAACGCGAGCGAGCGAGUCGGAAUCGUCUGUUGGUAAAGGAACUGCAAGACAGAGGUCGUCUCACGAGAGCGAUCGUGCUUCGCUUCCCGCUACUUUGCAAGGUAUCCGACAAGCGAUAGCUAGCAGACACGCUCACAGAAGCCAAUCGGCAACUCGCUCGGGAUCAAAUCUAUCCGGCGAAGGCUCAUCCCGCGUGGGUCAGACGCCACGCCAUCCGUUCCCUACAGAGCGCUUGAACCUUCUCAAUUUAUCACCGCGUCUCGAAAAGGAUACCAAUACGCCUACCUCGCGUUCUCCUUCCCAGUCCCGUGCAGCUUCACCAUUGCGCCGCCUCGGGUGGGCGUUACACCGUAACCAUCCGCGCGAGGAACCCUUCGUACCGGUGGAUCCUUUCCGUCUGAGCUUCUUCGGGGUACGGCGAGAGAACAGUCCCUCUCGCGAUCAGUCUCCUGGUGAGAAGGACGUCGGAUGCAAGGAGCGGUUUAUUGGCUGUCUUCCCCUUCCGGUAUCGACUGAGCCGAAAGAAGGGAAGCAGCAUGCUGAGGGCUGCUGGUUCGCCAUGGUAAAUGACACGCGGACGUUCUUCCUCGAUACGCUUCCGCGCCAGGUCUACCUCAUCCUCCUCCUCGGGCUCCCUGCGAUCUACUGGUCCCGCGUGGCCCGCGUCUUCGAGGAUGCCGAGCUCAGCAAGCCCGACGUACAGCGUAUGAUCGAUAACCGGUUGACCGCGCGCGACUGCGCUCUCGCCGGCGCCCCUGCGGCACACGGCCGUGCGAUGCCGCGUGGCCGUGACGUGAUUCUGCCGUUUCCAGAGGACUGGAACCCGCCGUCUGUGUCGCCUGCGCUGGCGCGCUUUAAGCACUCGUGGGAGCUCUUCGUGGACUCGCUCCUGCGCGAGUGGAAGACGCUGAACUUGGUGUCGGCGCUGCUCUGCACGUGCGUAUUGUUUAUAUCCGCUCCGCCGAAGAAGAGGGCCAUCUUGACGAUGUUCCAGGUCAAUGAUGCGGAGGAUGACCCGUUGACGCGCUCGGCUGCCUUGUUUGGCCUGGUAUUUGCGCUCAUGAGUCUGUGCUACGGUUGUGUCUACAUCGUGCAGUUUGGCACCAUGCGCAGCAUGGACCGCGCGUCCCGUUGGGCAGAGGAAGCACAGAAGACAAAGACAGCCAUCCUGUGGAACAUCUGGGUCAUGCUCGCCACACCCGCGAUCUGGCUCGCAUGGUCCAUGAUCGCCUUCUGCGUCUCCAUCAUGUCGUACGUCUGGCGCACCGGGUCCGUCGCUGACGAGAACAGCCCGCCGCCGCUCGGCAGGACGCAGGCGAUCGGCGUGCGCACGGCGAUUACGGCGGUGUUCGUGCUCGGCUUGCUCAACUUUGCGAUGAUAGUCAGCACGUUUCACUCGUAUCAUGGCAUGAGGCGGGAACGGAAUCCCCCGGCGCGUGAGAGCGAGCGACGGGACGCGAUGGAGGAGAUGAGGGAAAGGGGACGGGAGCGCGACUCGAAGGCGGGCUCGGCGUCGGUGGUUGGUUUGGGGCUCACCGGGCUGAAUGAGACGGGGCUUGGGAGCCCUGGCGUGGCUAGUUUGGCGGGAAUUGUACUCGAGGAUAUUGAUCCUGAGAAGGGCGAGUACUUGAAAUCCGAGAAUGGCAGAGGAAGGACCAGGAUCUCGCCAAAGCUGUGAUGACGGCUAGUUUGUUAAUUUCCCAUGUGACGCCUGGAUUGAAUCGACGCUAUCAUCAAUUUCAUACGCAAUGUUUUGUAACGCCACCAAAGUCAUGACUCCACGAACGUGAAACGGACGACACCUUCGCGAUACCACAGUAUUCUUGAUACCAAUCAUGUCCCACAUUAUGCAUCUUCGCUCAUGGACGACUAAUCGCGCUGUAUGAUUCAUGCAUCAUGGACACUGGAAUGUACAUAUCAAUCAUAUGUUUAUACUUUAUGUUGUAUAGAUAUUUACUUGACCAAGUUACAUGGAUAUGACGCUUAUGACGCUGGCAAGUCUCGUGGCGACCUAAUUGAAUGUUACGCC